AUGCAGGUUCUCGGUUGGACCAUCGUUCUGCUGUGCCAGUGGAUCCUACGGAAGGUCCAAGGGUUGGAGAAGCAGGUGGAAUUCUCAGAACUGGGCCCAGUGGGGUCUGUGAUGAAGACUCUUCCGUAUGGCAUGGGUGGAGGCACAGUGGGAGGAACCACAGGUGGAGUGGUUAAGCCUCCGUACCAAACCCGUAUCUUCUCCACUUCAAUUGACCAGACACCCAUGAAAUCCAAGCCACCAACCUACAGUUUCUUUAACCCAUACGACUCGGCCCGGAACCAGUCCCUGCUCCUUGACCAGACAGGAUACCGCUCUAAGCGCAAGCCUUCACUAAAGACAUCCCAUAAGACCAAGAAGAUCUUCGGCUGGGGAGACUUCUACUUCAACGUCAAGACCAUGAAGUUCAGCUUGUUGGUGACAGGGAAGAUUGUGGACCACAUCAAUGGGACGUUCACUGUUUACUUCCGCCACAACUCGUCUAGCCUGGGGAACGUGUCGGUCAGUAUCGUGCCACCCACCAAAGUGGUGGAGUUUGAAGUCCUCCAGCAUCUGCACCCCCACACUCAGCAGAACGUCCAGAUCCAGGAAAGCCGACAGACCACCAUUGACCCAAAAGAGACAAAGACCUUUAACUGUCGGGUGGAGUAUGAGAAAACCAAUAGAUCCAAGAAGCCCAAACCCUGCCUGUACGACCCUUCUCAGACCUGCUUCACGGAGCACACCCAGUCCCACGCUGCCUGGCUCUGUGCCAAACCCUUCAAGGUGAUCUGCAUCUUCAUCUCUUUCUUCAGCAUCGAUUACAAGCUGGUUCAAAAAGUGUGUCCGGACUACAACUUCCAAAGUGAAUACCCUUACUUGGGAUAA